AGCUAAGCGCGGCAGACGCCACCGGAAGCCACAGAGCUUCGGCCGCUUUGCUCCAGGGCGCUGCCAGUCCCACGUACGGGAGGCAGCGAGGGACAAAAUCCAAGCUUCAGGGGGCUGUUCGGGCGAGGUGCCCCUCCCCAGGCGUUGAUUUCAUUCCGGCCCAGCUGGACUCCCGAUGCUGCGAUGGCUGAUGGGAGGCGGCCGGGAGCCGCAGGGACUCUCCGAGAAAUCGUCCGUGCAGAACUUAGGUGAAGAACAAAUACAGAAUCCCUACACUGAGCUCCUUGUACUGAAAGGUCAUCAUGAUAUAGUGAGAUUUCUAGUACAAAUAGAUGAUUGCAGAUUUGCAUCUGCAGGAGAUGAUGGAAUUGUAUUUCUGUGGAAUGCUCAGACUGGAGAAAAGUUAUUUGAGCUACAUGGACACACGCACAAAAUUACAGCUAUUGCAGCAUUUCCUUCAUCUGGGGCUUGUGAAGAAAAAAAUAAUUUGAUCUUAACGGCAUCUGCUGAUAGGACAGUUAUUGUUUGGGACUGCAAUAGUGGCAGGCAAGUUCAGAAGGUGUCGUGCUUCCAUUCCACUGUAAAGUGUUUGACAGUUCUUCAAAGACUGGAUGUAUGGUUAUCUGGAGGGAGUGAUCUAUGUGUUUGGAACAGAAAAUUAGAUCUCUUGUGUAAGACCAGUCAUCUCACUGAUGCAGAUAUCAGUGCUUUGGUUGAAUUGCCUAAAAACUGUGUCGCAGCAGCUGUUGGCAAAGAGUUGAUAAUUUUUAGGUUGGUAGUUUCCACCGAGGGAUCUGAAGGUUGGGAUGUCCUUGAAGUAAAACGCCUGGCUGACCAUCAAGAUAAUAUCCUCUCAUUGGUCAGUGUCAAUGAUUUGACUUUUGUGACUGGCUCUCAUGUGGGUGAGCUGAUAGUCUGGGAUGCAUUGGAUUGGAUAAGUCAAGUAUGCGAGUGCAACACAUGGGACCCCUCUUUUCACACAGUCGUACAAGAAAUUAAAUUAUCACAAAACCAACAUGAAGUUUCAAUUCAGCAUUUAACAUCUGAUGCGGAGUGUGUGUUUGCUGCUGUUGGGAAGGGCAUAUAUGUCUAUAACCUUCAAAUGAAGCGUGUGAUUGCCUGCCAGAGAACUGCUCAUGACUCCAUUGUAUUGCACAUUGCAAAACUUCCAAACAGGCAGUUGAUAUCCUGUUCAGAAGAUGGCAGUGUUCGCAUUUGGGAGCUACGUGAAAAGCAGCAGCUUCCAGCUGAGCCUGUUCCAACAGGGUUUCUCAACAUGUGGGGCUUUGGAAGGGCCAACAAACAAGCAAGCCAAACUGCUAAAAAAGUGCAAGAAAGCACUACAUCAUAUUCCUUGGAGCUUAUUGGUGAUUUGAUUGGGCAUUCAUCAGCCGUGCAGAUGUUCCUGUACUUUAGUGAACUUGGCCUGGUGACAUGCUCUGCUGACCACCUUAUUAUUUUGUGGAAAGAUGGAGAAAGAGAGUCUAGACUGCGCAGCUUAACAUUAUUUCAGAAAUUAGAGCAAAAUGAUGAUUUGCAGCUUAGGUUCUAACUUGAUUGAAUAAGAGGUAGAUGUGCAUGAGCUGUGUGUAUGUUAGGUAUGUGUGUAAAGGAAAUUUUGCUAUUUGAAAAGUUUAAAUAUUGAAAAUAACAUGUAUUGUUAUCCUUCCCUUUUAAAUGCCAUACAAUAAAGGUGAUGUAUUUUCCCUUUCUUUGAAUUAUUAAUUGCUAGUACUCUAUACAACCAAAAGAGAAUGUUGCAUGUUUGAAACAGGGGCCUGCUGCUUCAGCAGAAGUGCCAUGUUUAUUCUUUAAGCCAUUGAAAGUAAUUGUAUUAAUUAUAAUUGAUUGUUAGCAUCCAUAAUUUUCUUUUAAAGAAACAUGGAUGGAGAUCAGCAUGAGAGAGGCUAAAAUUCUUGGUUGAAUCAUAACUGAAGCAGUUUGUUGUUGGGAUUUUCACUUUCUCACAGAGCCAACCACACUGUGGGGCCAAGGAAGACUAAUUAGAGGUUUCAUUUAUAUAAUCCCUUAUUUAAAGGCAGAAGUAGAUGGCUUUUCUGACUGGUGGUCUGGGUUUAAAGGUGUGCAGAAAUUGAUAAACAAAUGCUGUGAGGUAGGAUGAUUUUUAGUAGUUUAAGUAUUUAUAAUGUGCACAAAAGUAGGGGAUGAGAAGAAAUGGCCAGGCACUUUUUCGCCAACUUAGUACAACAAGGAUGCUGGUAGCUCACAGUAGUUGUGACCUUAGUGGGGAUUAAGGCACCUGAGAUGGCUUAUGUAACAUUUAUGUGUUUAAUAUGAAGUAUAGUUACAAGUUAGAUUAGUCUUUUCAUCAUCUCAGUUCAUUUGACUUGAAUAAAAACACUGGCAAUCCCUCUGGGCUCUUUAGAAUGUGAGAACCUCCAUAUUCAACAGACUGGAAAUGGCUUGUUCAGCAGUAGAGAAAUCUGGGGGAGUUUUUCUUUGUUGGUUUUAAAUCCAUUUACACUGAAAGUGCCCUGGAGUAGAAGUAAGCACAGAAGAAAACCCAGCAGCUUUAAAAACAGGUUUUUAGGGCAUGGUGGUCAUGCAUCUUUCAGCAGUAGCAGAGCCAUAGCUUUUCGAUUAUCAUCUCUUCCUUUUGAAUCAGGGGCAGCUAUUUUCAGAGCAUGAUAGCCAAGAGAGAGGUUUAAAGUUUGUAAUUCUGGAUUUAGCCUAGUUGAGGCUGCAGUAAGUGCAAUUAAAGCAUAAGGGCCAGGCCACUCGUUCCUAGGGUAAAACCAGCAGGGGGAAGCUCUGACAGAAGAAAUAAAAAACCAACAAGGGUGAGUGACAAGUUUUGUCGACAUAAGUGGUAGCGUAGACAUGGCCUAAAGCUUUUAUUGCACAAGGUCAUAAUUCCACUACUAGUUACCUUGCCUAACCCCAAUUUUUGUUUAUUCACGUGUUGGGAAAAGAGUGUAGAGUUUUACAACUAAUAUUGACUGCAGAUUAAAGUUUCAGAUGAACA